GUUGAACGUGGAUGAAUGAGGAUAGCAUGGGUUGAGGCUGCUGCUUCUGCCAGGCCUCGAGAGUUCGUGACGAGCACACGAAUUGCACGAGGAAUCGCAGCUAUGGAGACCACCGCAAUGCGCACCACCGUGCAGGCCCUCCCCGUCGUCGUGCCACAUGCGGCUGCUACGGUGGCCAGGGUUUCUACAACACGCCUCUCCUCCCUGAGGUGCGCAUGGAAGGGGUUCACGCUCCAAGCGGGUGGAUGGUCAGACGCGGUGCCUCAACGGGAGCUUCAUGUCAGGCGCGGGGUUGCUCGGGCCAGCCUCGGAGCUUCGGGGGGUGGUGGAGCUUUGUCUCCGGAAAUGAAGGAAGCUCUUGACAAGUACCUCAGUGAAAACAAGGUGGUUUUGUUCAUGAAGGGCAAUAAGAUGUUCCCCCAAUGUGGAUUCUCCAAUACGUGUGUGCGAAUUCUCAACAGCUUGAACGUUCCCUACGAGACUGUUAACAUUCUAGAAGACGACAGGUUGCGGCAGGGCAUGAAGGAAUAUUCCGAUUGGCCUACCUUUCCACAAUUGUACAUUGACGGAGAAUUUUUCGGAGGAUGCGAUAUUACUUACGCGGCUUACUCGAGCGGGGAGUUGAAGGAGGUGUUGGAGAAGGCCAUGCUUUCUUGAGCUUUCACAUAGUUCACUUCUUGAGAUGUUUUUUUCUGGGCUCUGUAUACUACUGGAGAUGCAAUAUAUUUCGCGACUACCAAAGAGAUUUUCUCUUGAGCAAUCGCAAAGGCUUUAAUAUU